AUGGAUCUGAUCGCCGGCUACAGGAGCGAUGGAGCUCCAGAAGACAGUGGUCCAAGUUCCAGUGGUCGUCAUGACGAUGACUCUGACUUCCAGAUGGAUGAAACGCUUGGCAAUGUGUCUGCAGCUCCAGAGGUGGACACCACAGGGUUGACAUUGGUCGAUGAUCAGGUGGUUCCCCGAUCAACAGUUUUCCAAUAUCCAGAUCCCCAUGCCAGGAAGAUAUACCACAACCCAAGAUAUGAGGAACUGGGUGCGCCAGUAGUAGGACCUGCCAAUCCUGCUGACAGAGGGAGGACUCCUAUUGGCCUGCAGAACCACAGAGCAGGAAUGGUGGAGGACGCACACUUGGCAUCGUUUGUGUUCGAUGAGCAGCACAACACUUUCCACAGUUAUGGAUACUCCAUGGAUCCUUCAGGAGAGGGCAUGGUUGGAAGUUCCGAUGCAUGGACUGCCAAGAAAGGAGAGACUGUGUACAGUAUACAAGGAUCGCAACUAAAAAAGAGAAGACAAACGACGGCAGAGAAACGAGCGGAGCGCACUGCGAAAAGCAAGCGCCUGGAGGAGGGCCCUGCACAGGGUGAGAAGUGGACCCUAGAAGCCAGGCAGCCAUGGGCUGAAAAGGAAGCCCAGGUUGUGGCAUUAACUGAGGAACAGGAGGCCUUCAUGGAGACAGUCAGGGAAGAGAAGGCUGCAUCAAGCUCCAAACAGGGCCCUGAAGAAAGAGAAGCCAAAAGUUUUUUCCAUGGAAAAGAGGAGCACGAUUACUCUGGACGGUCCUGGCUGGCACCCCCCCGGGACAAGAAGAAGGAGAACGACUACUGCUACCUGCCCAAGCGCUGGAUACACACCUGGUCGGGCCACACCAAAGGCGUCAACGCCAUUCGUUUCUUCCCCAUCUCUGGUCAUCUACUGCUGUCCGCUGGACUCGAUGGCCGGGUCAAAAUUUGGGACGUCUUCAACACCCAGAAAUGCAUGCGCACCUAUCUUGGGCACAGCAAGGGCGUGAGGGACAUCUGCUUCAGCAACGACGGCCGCCGCUUCGUCAGCACGGGCUAUGACUGCAACAUCCGCUGCUGGGACACCGAGACGGGCGCCGUGCUGCGCACCCUCAACAACAAGCGCGUCUUCUACGUGGUCAAGCUGCACCCCGACGACGCCAAGCAGAACGUGCUGAUGGGCGGCUGCGCGGACAAGAAGGUGUACCAGUGGGACCUGGACACCGGCGACCUCAUCCAGGAGUACGACUACCACCUGGACGCCGUGAACACCAUCACCUUCGUGGACGAAGGCCGGCGGUUCGUGACGUCCAGCGACGACAAGACGCUGCGCGUGUGGGAAUUCGGCAUCCCCGUGCAGAUAAAGUACAUCGCCGACCCCUCUAUGCACUCCAUACCCUCCAUAGCCCUCCACCCCACGGGGAACUACUUCUCCGGCCAGUCGCAGGACAACCAGGUGGUGACGUACUCGACCAAGGAGCGCUUCAGGCUGAACCGGAAGAAGACGUUCAAGGGGCACAUGAGCGCGGGUUACGCCUGCCAGGUGAAUUUUUCGCCGGACGGGCGGUUCGUGAUGAGCGGGGACAGCGACGGGCGGUGCUUCUUCUGGGAGUGGCACAACCCGCGGCGGGUGGUGCGCACGAUCAAGGCGCACGAGGAGGGGGUGUGCAUCGGCUGCGAGUGGCACCCGAUGGAGACCAGCAAGGUGGCGACGUGCGGCUGGGACGGCCUGAUAAAGUACUGGGACUGA